CUGACACGUUGCAGCAGCACCAACAGACUGCUGACUGGAGCUGGACCAGGAGGAGUCCUCUGGAUCUUUAUUUGUCCUGCUUCACCUGUAUGACUUGAUUAAACAGCUGCAAUGAAUCAGAGCAAAGAGGGAGUUGAGCCUUUUCAAUAUUCCUAUUAUGACUAUUCAGACUGGUACUCAAACAACGCAGAGCCUACAAAACCACCCAAAGAAGUUAUUUUACCAUGUGACCCGACAGCAGAUGACAAGCUCUUCCAUAUAUGUAUAUUAUCGAUAUCACUGGUGAUCAUGUUAAUCCUGGCAGGUCUCACCAGGAAAAAUAAAUUCUGCCAGGGUUUCGCAAGAGGAUCCUCAAGCGUCUUCAGUCCAGCCAACUUCCUGGAUCAGACUCAGAAAAAAGGAGUGGUUAUGGCUGUUUUUGGACUGGUGUUCAGCAAGCUGGCAAUGCUGGUGAUCACCCCAGACCCUCUGCCUUUCUCCAAAGAUACUCCAGCAGAUAUUAAAGAGUACAUGAAGAUAAUCGCCAUAUUUUAUUACCCAAUCCUGUAUUAUCCUCUGUUGGUAUGUGGAACUCUGCAGCGCAAAGCAGGUUAUGUGUUUGGGACACUGCUCUCCUUCACUCACUUUGGAGUCCUGGUGUGGCAGAAAUUUGACUGUCCAAAGACUCCAGAGAUCUAUAAAUACUAUGCUCUACUCGCAAGUCUGCCUCAGCUGGCCUGCCUUGCAUAUCUCUGCAUUCAGUUCCCUUUGCUGUUUGUGAAAGGACCAAAGACGGACGAGAUCCAGAUUACUGUUAAGACUGAUAGGAAGAAGAGGAAGAACAAAGUUAUUUUCAAAACAAGUUCGUCAGCAUCUGACAAACCAGCGCUUGCAGAGAGAAUUCUGGAGGUGAUUAAGGGUUACAUUUAUAUUCCUGAAAAAGUGUUUCGUUUUCCACUGAAGCUGGCGGUAUCAUCUUUUGUUACCUGUGUGGCUAUAUACCAUACCGCACUCUUGAUAGUUGUCCUGGUGGUGCCCACUCUCCACAUUGUUCGUGCUGGUAUUGAUGAAAAUAUCGCCUUCUUGUUACUGGGUUUUGGGAUUGUGUUAUCAGAUGACAGGAUGGAGGUUGUUAGAAUUGUAACUUUUUACACAUGGCUGCUGGAAGUAUGCUACCUCUGUGCGAUGACCCUGUCUUGCUUGGUCAGCCUUAUUAUGCUCAUGAGGUCCAUGGUUCUCCACAGUUUACUUAUUCUCAGAAUGGCUAUCCAGACCAUUGUGUUUUUCAUCUGCUUCUUGUUCCUGGUGUUUUUGAUCAUUAUCCCAGUGUUUUACGGCCGUAACAUCAUUGUCUUUGAAAUUGCAGGAAAGGCAUGGCCGGCCUGGGUCACACUGAUACUGGUUACAGGGCUUCAGCAUGUGACUGCUAAGUUCGCUUUCAUCAAACAAAAAGCCGGCACAAGAGACCUGAACAACAGAGAGAGUCUGUUCCUCCUGACAUACCUGCUGUUCCUAAUCAACACUGUGGUGGGGCUGGUUGUUGCCAUAUGGAGAAUAGUAAUAACAGCUUUGUACAACAUCAUCCAUCUUGGUCGUAUUGAUUUUUUUCUCACAGUCUCCUCCAUGAUGCUUUUCAGAGAGAGUCUGUUCCUCCUGACAUACCUGCUGUUCCUAAUCAACACUGUGGUGGGGCUGGUUGUUGCCAUAUGGAGAAUAGUAAUAACAGCUUUGUACAACAUCAUCCAUCUUGGUCGUAUUGAUGUCAGUCUGCUGCAUCGCACAGCAGAGUCCUAUGACCCAGCCUACUGCUACUACACACACUUCCUGAAGGUGGAGGUCAGUCAGUCGCACCCGGUGAUGAAGGCUUUCUGUGGGCUGCUGCUGGACAUGAUGGUUGAGGGUGGGAGAGCUGGACAGAAAAUACAAGAUGCAGAGGAAGCCUGCUCCUCCUUCAUGCUUUCAGGGAUUCAGGAGAAUAAGCCAAGCAAGGCGAACAGCAGUCAAAAGAUUCGCUCUCGCUGGCAGCUGAUGUACACACUGGUUAACAACCCCUCCCUGCUGGGCUCCAGGAAGCAUUUUCAGACUCUGCAGAACUCGGAGAACGUCCUGAAUGGCACCCCCAACCGAACCUCCAAAAAGGGCAGCAAGACGGAGGCCAGCAAGACGGAGGCCAGCAAGCUGGGCGCAGAGCCAGCAGAGCCCACUGAGACCCCUGAAAGCCAAGAAAAAACAGAAUGAGUUUGAGUUGGCAAUAUAUUUCAAAAUUGUACUGGGUGUGAUCUGCAUUAAACAAACCUGCAAGUGCUAAAUAUAACUACUGCAAUCAACCGCUUUGCUUCAGAGAUCUUUUAGCAUUUAACUUACGUAAAUAGUUGUCUAAAUGAUUCUGUUUAUUUCUCUUAGGUUAGCUUUAGGCAACAAAAACAUUACGUUAAGAUCACAUCCAGAAAGCACAAAAGUACAGAAUAUAUGUACUUAAACAGAAGUACAGAUACUAGUGUUAAAAAAUACGUAUGGAUUCAACUUCUAUACUAAAGUAAAAAAGUACCGGCUCUGAAAUGAACUCAAAGUAAUAAAAGUAGUUCUUAUUUUUGUGCAAAGUUAACCGAACUCUGUGCUGUAUUAAUGUAAUGAUAAAAUAAUAUCAGUAGAGGGAACAAUAAACUUGUUUCAGUCUCAUUUUUAAUUCUAAUAAAUGUAUUCAGCUUGAAUCGAUUAUGUAGAACAUGAGAAGAGAAAAAGAAGGAAAUAAAAUAAAUAGCUCUGUUUUUUGUUGCUUACAUUGUAGAGGCUGAUUUUGCCUCUAAAAAUGAGUAAAGUCAGGGGUUAAAGUGAGAUUCAGCAGGUGGAGGAAACCUAAAAUCAGUUCUAAUGGCUCAGAGUGGGGAAAAGAAAAGAAUCACAACUCACAUUAAUUUCUAAUGUGAGCUCCAGUAGAUUUUCUUAGUGUACAGGCUGUGAUCAGCUGACCUGCUGCUCUUUGUGGAUUUAUACACCUAAUAUUAACAAGAUGUGAGCAGAUGUUUCAUAAGUCAAAUCCUGAGGAAAUAGCUGUAGUCCUUAUCUCUCUUCUUCCUCUCCUGUCCUGUCUUUCUUAUCUCCAUCUCUGAAUGAAUUUAGCUCUCUGACUUUUCUCUCCCUGUGAAAUAAGCAGUAGCAGCAGACAAACUGCGCACAAACAGUGUUUUUGAUGAUGUUUGUUGUGCUGAUAAAAAUGUUGUAUUUAAUUACCUUUAAUUACCUGCCACUAAAAUAUGUCACUCCAUUUUUGUUUUGUCCUCUUCUGUUAGGCUAGCUAGAUGCUGAAGUACUUGUGUUGUGUUGGUGUUG